AUAUAUUUUGCAUAAUGGACGAUGUAAACACAUUCCUUGGUCUAAACGCUUAAACUAACGCAGCAUGAAUAAUUUACGCAUUAUUUUGCAUACAUUUUCUUUUCUUGCUUAAAAUUGUUAUUAUCGUCUUUUGUAAAUGAAGCUAGCAUUAAAAUUUUUACCAAUUAUAAAACCUAUUUCAUUUCAAUUGCGAAAUAUUAGGACAGUGGGGGCAAUGGCUUGUAGUCGUUAUGAAUAUGUGAAAAACUAUGAAGUGAAAGAUGUUCUUUUGCCUAAUGUUUGGAUUAUAAUUAGAGUAGAUGGUAAAGGCUUCCAUAAAUUCUCUAAGGAGCAUGAUUUUGAAAAACCAAAUGAUGAAAGAGCUCUUAACCUUAUGACAAAUGCGGCGCAAACAGUUAUGGAGAAAUUUAAUGAUAUAAUUUUAAGCUACGGCCAAAGUGAUGAAUACUCUUUUGUUUUUCGCAAAGAGACUAACGUAUACAAUAGGCGCUCCUCUAAAUUAUUGUCUUAUGUGACAAGUUUAUUCACGUCGUGCUAUGUAAUGUAUUGGCCGCAAUGGAUGGGGAACAAAAAGUUAACGUAUCCACCUUCUUUUGAUGGUCGUGUAGUCCUAUACCCUUCUGAUCAAAAUCUCCGCGAUUACUUAAGUUGGCGGCAAGCUGAUGUCCAUAUAAAUAAUUUAUAUAAUACGGCUUUUUGGAAUUUAGUGCAAAAAAAAGGUCUUACAAAUAAGGAGGCUGAAGCAAAGCUAAGGGGAACAUAUGCUGCCUACAAAAAUGAGUUAUUAUUUUCGGAAUUUGGUAUUAACUACAAUAAUUUGCCAGGCAUGUUCAGGAAAGGCACAAUUUUGCUAAGGAAACAAGUAAAUCGCACAAAACAUGACAUCUCCAAACAGUUAAUUGUGCCCUUGCAUGAAGACAUGAUAAGCGACAUAUUUUGGAAAAAGCACAGUGAAUUGCUAGCUCAUAAAUAUUCGCCUGGAUUGUAUACGCAAACAGACGAUGACGUCGUUUCAGAAUCAUUCAUAAGACAUGUAGAAAAAGUUUCAUUAGAAUAA